GGGGGUGCGGCCCGCGGCAGCUGCGGCGGCGGCGACGGGGGCGGCAGACGCACGGGUCCGGCGGGAGCAGCUCCGAGACUGCGUUGCUUUUGCAGAUUGGCCUUAAGAGAGGUAGAACAGCAUAUUCCUGAAGACCAAGAGACAAGGCUGCCAUGGCUGCCGUUGACAGCUUCUACCUCUUGUAUAGGGAAAUCGCCAGGUCGUGCAAUUGCUACGUGGAAGCUCUAGCUUUGGUUGGGGCCUGGUAUACGGCCAGAAAAAGCAUCACUGUCAUCUGUGACUUUUAUAGCCUCAUCAGGCUGCACUUUGUCCCACGCCUGGUGAGCAGAGCAGAUCUGAUCAAGCAGUAUGGAAGAUGGGCAGUGGUGAGCGGUGCAACAGAUGGGAUUGGAAGAGCCUAUGCAGAAGAGUUAGCAAGCCGUGGUCUCAAUAUCAUCCUGAUUAGUCGCAACCAAGAGAAGUUACAGAUGGUUGCUAAAGACAUCGCUGACACCUACAAAGUGGAAACCGAUAUUAUAGUGGCGGACUUCAGCAACGGCCGUGAGAUCUACCACCCAAUUCGAGAAGCCUUGAAAGACAAAGACAUUGGCAUCUUGGUAAAUAAUGUAGGUGUGUUUUAUCCCUACCCCCAGUAUUUUACUCAGGUCUCCGAGGACAAACUCUGGGACAUCAUAAAUGUCAACAUUGCUGCGGCUAGUUUGAUGGUCCACAUAGUGUUACCGGGGAUGGUGGAGAGAAAGAAAGGCGCUGUCGUCACUAUCUCUUCCGGCUCCUGCUGCAAACCAACGCCCCAGCUGGCUGCCUUCUCUGCUUCCAAGGCUUACUUAGACCACUUCAGCAGAGCGUUGCAGUAUGAAUAUGCUUCCAAAGGAAUCUUUGUACAGAGUCUAAUCCCGUUCUACGUGGCUACCAAUAUGACCGCACCCGGCAGCUUUCUGCACAAGUGCCCGUGGUUGGUACCUUCACCAAGAGUAUAUGCACAUCAUGCUGUUUCUACUCUUGGCAUUUCAAAAAGGACCACAGGAUACUGGUCCCAUUCUAUCCAGUUUCUUUUUGCACAGUAUAUGCCUGAAUGGCUCUGGGUGUGGGGAGCAAAUAUUCUCAAUCGUUCGUUACGUAAGGAGGCCUUAUCCUGCAAAGCAUGAAACUGGAUGGAUGGUUUGGGAAGUUUUGCCAACUCACGGGAACCUGCAGUAUUUUGACAUUUGGAAGAACACAUCUAAUUUAUCUUCUGUGUUUUCUUUCAUUACUGGUUAUUUAGCAUACUGUUGACACAUCAUUUGCAAAUCAAACAUACUUUCAGAGAAUGCUGUGGAAAAGCCUCGAGGGCCACGUGGGUGGCACAGCAUGAAUAGUGACUGAGGUACAGGAACUGAUAGAGGAAACCUAAAUUUCGAUUCUUUUUUUUUUUCCUAAGCUGUUCAAAAGUUUGGUGAUAUAUGUUGCUACAGCAAUCUGACAUUGAAGUAUACUUACAACAUGACUUGUCUCUUCUUACCAGAUGUUGUUUUUUAAAGGAAAUUAUCUAUUUCAGUAGAUGGAUUCUAGUAUUGGUUUUCAAAUGUUCAUCAGGAAAGGCUAUUUAAAAGUGUUAUUUUAUAAAUAAGAUUGCUGGUGUGAUUAGCAGUAGAAAUCUGUGUGUAUUAAUAUUGUAUAGCUCUAAUUAUUUGAUUUUUUGUGUAAGAAAAUACUGUUCUUCGACUGAUACUUCAUUAGUGAAUCAUAUAUGUAUGUAUGUUGUGUGUAUCUGGGCAACUUUAUCUACCUUUCAAAAAGAUUUUUUUGUCAAGAUGGCUUAACAUGGUAUCUUACAGGGUACUCAAAUUCUAGGUUAUUCUUUUUUGUACUAAACAAGCCUACCCAAUUUUGUGCUAUAGGUUUGCCAUGUAUAAUAUUACUUCAAUAUUCUGUGUUUUAAAAAUCUAUGGAAUUAAUGCAUUCCUAUAUUUGGACGUGUAAUGACUGACCCUCAGUCAUGUCUUGAUUUAUAAUUAUUGUGGCUAAGUAGUGAUUUCUAAGCCUACGACCCAUUUUAUAACUGAAUUUAGUCCUUUAGAGCUUGUUAAUUUGGUUUUCAUACAUUUUUCCAUGUAAUAUUAUUCCAUUCCAGUAGCAUUAUUGGUGUGUAAACAUUGAGUAUUUAUGGAAUAGUAGUUAAAAUAGGGACAACUUAUGUGUGUGAUAUAAUGAUUGUAUCUGUUGAAAUAAGUUAGCAGCUCAUUCUUGGUUUUUGUAAUUAAUUUAUAUAUUAUAGUGAAUACUUUUAUUGGUGUGAAGAUAAUUGUGCACAACCCCCUAUAACCCAUAAUACGGGUUAGCAUUGAAACCUACUUUGAAAUGUUUUUGGUUCAGGUCCUAUAAAGGCAAACAUUUUUGAGGACCACAUACCUACCUAGUGCUUUGACAGUUGUAAAUCACUAUAUGAAUGUGGCAGUAUGUGCAAUUUGAAAAUUUGGAGUUUAAUGGGACACUGAUGCAGAAACUAGUAAAUAGAUUGAAAUCAGGACUUCUCUUGAAUUGGUUUCUCCCGAGAUGAUGUUCCAUCAUGAGUAGGCUUAAGCGUGCUUUUAUGCUAUACCCACAAUUUUGCCAAUGACAUUGGCUCAGUGUUUCCAGAUGUGACUUCAACUUAAUGCAGAAGCUCUUCCACUUAACUGAUCAGGCCCUCAUCACAUAAGAGGAAGACAUUCAGAUGUGAAAACUGACACACUAGCAACACUACAUAACACUGAAGGUUUUGAUGGAGUUAGCUUGGAAGCCUUUAUUGGGUCACAUUUGGCAUUUUUCCUCACCCAGCAAUUAAUUUAUGGUCAUUAAGACUUUACACACCAGAAAAUAAAUUGACUUCUUGCCACAUUGACCUGAACUCUGAUGUGUAAUAAGAAGUAGUAACUUUAUGUAAAAAACACCAUAUUUAUUUCUAAGGUGUUAUGUAGUACAGCAAUGUCUUAUAUUUAUAGAUGAGGUAUUGAAUCAUUGUUACAUGAUGACAAUAAGUAAACCAUGUCAGUGAUGUUUUAAAAUUCUCUACUUGGCAGGACGUAUGUAAAUAAGCUGAUUGGUGCAGUUAGUGAAAGAUCAAAACCAGGAAUCUUCCUUAGGGUUUGUCUUACAUAAAAUGCGUUUUCCCGGAGCUCAUUUGAGAGUCAUAGUUGGACCACUGUAGAUGGGGUUUCUUAUUAAGAAUGUGGAAAAUAAGAACCUUUGAAACAGUCUGUGAACUGAAAAUUUAACAAUGACAGCUGUUGCUUCUUUCUUUGGAAGAGGUUUUGCUCUGUGUGUUUGUAAAUUUGUUGUCUGGAACGAAAGAUACAUUUCCCCCCCAUAGAAACAGUUACUUAAAAAUUAGAAAACCUUAAUCUGUGAACACCCGUGGUAGUAAUUCAUUAAGAGCUGGUAAUUCAGCAAGAAAAUUGUAUACAACCAUGUCUUUUGAAAGUACUAAGUCGAUUUCUUGAUCUCAUUCUCCUGAUCAUUGACUUGAGCAAUGAGAUCACUGGCAGUUUUGCCACAAGCCAUUUCCUUGAGUGAGGAUGAAAGGUCGACUGUAGUGGAUUUAAGAAAGAGUGGGAAAUACAAGGGAGACAGCAAAGAGAGAGAGCUCUGCUGAGGAGUCCUUUUGUUUUGUGUUGACCUGUGACUUAAAAUCUUACCACAUUUGGGAACCAGAGGGUUAGAUAGUGUCCUCCAUCUUGACAUUUUGUGCCCUCCGAAACCAAGUCCAGUCUCUCCGUGUUUCUCUCUGUCUCAGUAUUGGCCAGGCUGUUACUCUUUAAAAUAACAUUUAGUUUGAAUAAAGAUUUACCUUCCA